GUCCGGCUGUAAACAGUGAGGAAGUGGGCGGUUAAAAUAGUUUACUACGAUCCUGAACCAGUACAGUAAAGAUCCCUGCAGGCUGUAGAGAGACUGGAGAAGGAUUUAUUCUGUACUUCAUGGUGAUGUGAUGGAGCAGGAAACGUUAACAUCGCUGAACUCUCUGUGUCUGGAGCACAAGAAGCAUAAUAUUGACACUUUCAGGCUUUUCAUGGUCACAUGGAACGUGGCUAUAGCAGAGCCUCCUGAUGACAUCACGUCUCUCCUGCAGCUCAGUUCCCAGAAGAAAGCAGACCUCUAUGUAAUCGGGCUACAGGAAGUGAGAGCAGCACCUCUGAAGUUCGUCACAGAUCUAGCUUUUGGAGAUUCCUGGAGUUGCCUCUUUAUGAAUACGUUGACUCCUCUGGGUUAUAUUAAAGUGUCCUCGGUGAGGAUGCAGGGUCUGCUGCUGCUGUUCUUUUCUAAGUUAGAGCACGUCCCGUUUAUCAGAGACAUCCGGACCACAUACACUCGCACUGGGAUGUACGGAUACUGGGGAAAUAAAGGUGGCGUAAGCAUCCGUUUCUCUUUGUACGGCCAUUCGCUCUGCUUCCUCAACUGUCACCUGGCAGCGCACAUCCAUAACGCCUCAGAAAGAGUGGAGGAGUUUGAGCACAUCUUCAACUCCCAGACCUUUGAUGGCAAAGAAAGUCUGUCUAUUUUAGACCACAAGCUCGUCUUCUGGUUCGGAGACUUGAAUUUUCGUAUCGAAGACCACGGGAUGCACUUUAUCCGCAACUGCAUCAACAGCAAGAAUUUCAACCUUCUGUGGUCUAAAGACCAGCUGACUAUGAUGAAAAAGAAGAUUCCCAGACUGCAGCAGUUCGAAGAAGGACCUCUCAAUUUUCAGCCUACCUACAAAUUUGACUUGAAUUCCGAUAAAUACGACUCCAGGAUACAGACGGCUUGGUUCGGUCUUAUUGGGAAAAAGCGGAAGCCUGCAUGGUGCGACCGGAUCCUGUGGUGGAUGAACUCCAAACCUCGACUUGAGAAUGCAGAUACAAAGCAUAAUGAUGCAGAUGAUGAGCAGAAGCAGCUCGAGGAGCCGUUGGAUGAAUUUCCUCUCAGAGUCGUGCAGGACACUUACACCAGCAACAUGGAGUACAGCAUCAGUGACCAUAAACCCGUCAUUGGCAUUUUCACACUGGAGCUGAGGAAGCUGUACGAGACUCCACUAGUGCAUGUGUGUGCUGAGGGCAAAUGGAGUGCAGACAUGGACGCUGUGGUGACUUAUAGUCCUCUGGAGCAGUUUCCUUCAAGUGCUUGGGACUGGAUUGGCCUUUAUAAGGUUGGCUUCCGCAGCCUUUCUGACUACAUCACCUACACCUGGGUAAAAGAUGACCAGGUGGCCUUGAAUAAUGAGCUCAUCCAGGUUUAUGUAAGCAAAGAAGAGAUCCCGGUUGUAGGCGGCGAAUGUGUCCUAUGCUACUACAGUAGUAACCUGCAGUGCAUUGUGGGUAUCAGUGAACCUUUUCAAGUUCAUGAGUCACAAGCAGCGAUCGAAGAAGGUUUUUUACUUGAGAACGUUAACAGGUUCGACCAGGUUUUGUCCAGUUAGGACUACACGAAGAAGCCGGUCGAUGCCGAUCAGCAUCGGAUGCUCUUUUUCCGUCAACAUAAAAACCUGAAGAAUUUAUUACACAAGUGCAAUUUUAUCCGAAUACAAAACCUUUUAAAUGCAUCCUAAGCUUUCUCCAUUCUCCUUUGCCCUUUUUGUGUCUUAAUUUUUUACUGCUAGUGUUGCAUUUUCUCACCACUUAUAUUCAUCAGGCCUUUAAUUUAAUUAUUUUAACUGUACAAUUUCAUUAACGCUUGCUCAGAGAGACUGGAAAAAAAAAUAAUUUAAUUUAGAAACAUUCUAAAGCAAAUUAUAAUUUAUCAAGCUUUAAGGUCAGUGUAAGAUUUUAAGGUUUUUUUUUUAUUUCCUUUUUUUUCCAGCUUCUUUAUUCAUGUACUGUAAUGUACUGUAAUCACUGUGUUAUUUUAUAGUUCGUCACGUUUUAUUUAAAUCUGUUACAAAAGAAGUACGUAAUGUUGAAAACUAUCACUUUGCACUGGUUCCUAUGACUCAACACGUGUAGUUUGUACAACACAUAAUACUGUGUUAAAUGCCAUUAUUAGAUGAAUUACAGUCUGAAUUAUUUUACUUGUAUUUCUUUUUAUUUCUGUGUGUAUUAAGCUGAUUUGUCAAACCAGACGUGUCUCACGUUAUUUUAAAGAUGUUUCGUUUAAACAUAGUGUGAAGGAUUAUUUCAAUAUAUGAGGUAACUGAUUUGUUUUUUGGCACAACUGUAUAAUUUGUACUGUAAAAAAUAUAGAAAUGAUAACUUUUUAUAUAUAUAUCAGAAUGCAUAGAUACAUGCUGAACACGUGAUUAUUAUUAAUAUUUUUUUUUUAUUUUAUCCACAAUUUAAUU